CCCUACUCGACGCGCGAACGGCGCCGUGCGCUCCCGGUCAGUUCACUUCAUUCAUUCACGAAGCUGACAUGGCUCUAGUGCGAUUACGGACUAGUGAAUUAUUUUUAUUAUUAUUUUUAAUAAUUAACACGUGCGCCGCGACCCCACCAUGGAUAUUUUCAAUAAAACAAAACACUAAAACGUGUGAUGUUAACAAAUGUGUGUUUAAUGUUGAUGUGAACGCGAAUAAUGUGGAUGAAUGGUCAUUAACCACAGAGCCGGCGGAUUCCGAACGCAAAUGUGAAUCGUUUUUUGUGAGUAAAGUAUUUGAAAACGUCGUUGUGGAUGUUCCAAAUGAUGGUAGAAAGGUGUAUUUCUGUGUUAAAAGCGGUGGUUUGUGGCACCACCAAGGAGACGGUGUAUAUUUGGAUGCCAAUGACGUCAUCCAGACAGACAGUGAACUCCCCAUCGAAAAUGAUCUCGAUGAUGAUGAUUUCUCCAGUCUCGUCAUACAGUCCUAUUCAUACCCUAACCAACCAACCCUGGCACGAUACCGUCGCCAGGCAGACGCUCCUCAAGACACCACCGUGACUCCUGAAGUCCCAGCAGUCCAAGACGCUGUACCAGAACAGAACAUUACAGACACGAGCCUAGGCCCUAAAAUCUCCCAACCUUCAGGACCUAUUAAGCUCAUGGGUCUUCGUGUCGAAGAGUCGGAUAAGGAACCAAAGAUCGUUGAUGAAUUGAUCACCAGUGUGCUUAGGGAGACACACUUUUAUUUGAGGUUGUUCGGAGAUGGGUUUACAAAUGAUACGAUUAUUGCGUUUACUCAUGCUCCGGCGCAUUAUGGUGAUACUUGCGAUCAUUUGUUGAAUGGGGAGUAUAAGGUAUCCUACGCGGAAUCAGACUCAGCCCUCUUCUACCUCCUCGCCCCCCCACCUCUAGACGACUACAGAUUCUACAUUUGCGCCAAAAACUCCGAAAAGGACCAUUUCCUCCACCAAGGCCCUGAAAAAUGGAAAAUGCUGGCUACACACAACAAACUCUUACCUCUAUGGGCUUCUUUAAUCCUUAUCGUCAUCCUUCUCAUGUUGGCUUCUCUAUUCUCCGGUCUUAACUUGGGUCUGAUGGCCUUAGACAGGACAGAACUUAAAAUUAUUGCGAACACUGGUACGGAGAAAGAAAGAAAGUAUGCCAGAGCUAUCAUGCCUGUAAGGGCCCAUGGAAACUACCUCCUAUGUACCAUUCUUCUCAGUAAUGUAGCCGUGAACAGCACAUUCACGGUCAUUCUUGAUGACUUGACCUCUGGUCUGGUGGCUGUGAUUGGGUCUACGUUGGCGAUUGUGUUCAUUGCUGAAAUUACACCUCAGGCUAUUUGUGCUAGACAUGGGUUGUUGAUCGGUGCUAAGAGUAUUUGGAUUAUGAAGAUUGUCAUGGGUAUCUGCGCCCCCCUCGCGUGGCCGACCAGCAAACUCCUGGACUACUUCUUAGGCGAGGAGAUCGGCACACACUACAAUAGAGAACGUCUAAAGGAACUUGUCAGGGUAACAGACCACGUGAACGAUUUAGACAAGGAAGAAGUGAACAUCAUCUCCGGAGCCCUCGACCUUCGCAAGAAGAAGGUCAGCGACGUGAUGACCAAGCUGAAGGACUGCUUCAUGCUGCCGGUCAACAGCAUCCUGGACUUCGAGACCAUGUCCGAGAUUGUCAAGUCUGGCUACUCCCGCAUCCCAGUAUACGAGGGUUCUCGCGGCAACAUCAUCACGGUGCUGUUCAUCAAAGACCUGGCGUUCGUGGACCCUGACGACAACACGCCGCUGCGGACGCUGUGCCAGUACUAUCAGAACCCCUGCAACUUUGUCUUCGAAGAUGUUACCUUGGAUGUCAUGCUGAAGCAGUUUAAGGAAGGUCACAAAGGUCACAUGGCGUUCGUGCAGCGCAUCGAGGAAGGUGACGGUGACCCCGUGUACGAGACCGUGGGGCUCGUCACCUUGGAAGACGUCAUCGAGGAGAUGAUACAAGCUGAGAUUGUCGACGAAACUGAUGUUAUCAGUGACAACCGCACUAAGAAGCGUCUGGCCCGUCCUCUGAACAAGUUCCAGGACUUAGCAGCCUUCGCUGGCCACCACGAGCACCAGAGAGUGCACGUGUCUCCACAACUUGUGCUGGCCACCUUCCAGUUCCUCAGCACCAGUGUGGAGCCGUUCAGAGUAGACCACAUCUCAGAGACCGUGCUCCGUCGUCUACUGAAACAGGACGUGAUCCAACACAUCAAGCUGCGAGGAGACGAGGAUAAGAACGAUCCUAAACGCUACGUCUUCUCUGAGGGCAAGCCGGUGGACUACUUCGUCCUGAUCCUGGAAGGUCGCGUGGAGGUGACGGUGGGGCGCGAGAACCUCGUGUUCGAGGCCGGACCCUUCACAUACUUCGGCGUACAGGCGCUGACGCAGAACGUGGGGCUGGCUGAAGCCCCAGCCCCCUCAACGCUGGGCUCCCUGCAGAACCUGAACAUGGACUCGAUGCUGCGUCACUCGUUCGUGCCCGACUACUCCGUCAGAGCUAUCGCGGAGCUGUACUACCUCACUAUUAAGAGAUCGAUGUACUUAGCGGCGAAGCGAGCGACGCUGAUGGAGAAGGGAGUGCUCGGCCGCGGCGGCACCAACGAGCAGAUCGAACCCGAAGUCGAUAAGCUACUUCGUGAGGGCGAGAACAAUCGUAUAGAAGACAUCAGGGAGGACAGACCUCGCGAGGACAACGCUAAACCGUUCGUACCGACAUCAGCCAGCCCUCAUACGAACGCCACCUUCAAAACCGAGAAGGAACCAGCCAAUCCCGAAGAAGAGAAACUUCUGAAAAAGUAAAUAUUAUGAACUACUCUUCUUAUAGCUAGAAGAUAUCUUAUAUGUGACAGAAAUCGGCCUCUUGGUGAAAAUGGAGGUUGCAAGUUGGGUAAAUGACAAUUGUAUUGAAAUUACACUGGAUAGUAAGAAAAUUGAGUCAGAAACUAUAUUUUAAUACAAUUUGACAUUUAUUAAUAAUGUUUUUAUAAAAUAAAGCCGACCCCAACAUGAUUGGGAAAAUUGAGGAUUGGGCUCGGAGGAUGAUGAUGUUUUUAUAAAAUAAAAACUAGAAUAUACCAAUAUACUUAUAAUCUAUCAAAAAUACUGUCUCAAAUUUUUUGCUCGCCAGUGUAAUAUUUACUUAUUUUUUAUAUGAACAAAUGAAGUGCAAUUUUAAGUCUUCCUCUAUAAAACAAAACUUAAUAUUUUUUACCCAACUGAUGUCGAAAUAAAGAGAGUUAUAUAUGUCUUCCUGGCCGAUCUAGCUAUAAGAAGAGUUAUAUCAAAAAUAUAUACUUUUAUAUAAAUACAUACGUUCGUACAAAAACGUUGAAAACAAAUUAUAACAACUAGAAACUUUCAGAUACUUAUAAAAAACAAAUAAAUAUUUUAUUUUUGGAUUUUUCAUUCAGUAUAUAAAUUAUAUAAAAAUAAUGUCAUGACGAAUUCCUCUGUGUUUCGGAAAGCUCGUUAAACUGUAGGUCCCGGCUGUCAUUUGAACAUCCUUGGCAGUCAUUACGGGUAGCCAGAAGCCAGUAAGUCUGACACCAGUCUAACCAAGGGGUAUUGGGUUGCCCGGGUAACUGGAUUGAGGAGGUCAGAUAGGGCAGUCGCUCCUUGUAAAAUACUGGUACUCAGCUGCAUCCGGUUCUAAACUAAGAUCAUAUAGUUUUUAUAGACAUUUUAAUUUAUAUACGUAAUUUUCAUGACAUAUACCGCGUCCCGUGGGAACUACUGCCCGUACCGGGAUAAAAUAUAGCCUAUGUUACUCGGGAAGAGUGUAGCGCCCCAACAGUGAAAGAAUUUUUCAAUUCAGUUACUACUGAGUUUCGGAGUCUUUACAAAGAAACAAAGAAAUAUUUUAGUAUUGUAUAAAUUAAUACUGAAUGAAAAAACCCAAAAGUUCACCAGUUUUAAGUAAAAACUUUAGCUUAUAAGAAAAUAAUCUAUUUUAAUAGUAGAGACAAAACAAAUAAAUAUAUCAAUGUGCCUUCUGUGUGAAAGUUUACAGCCUUACUACAAAAACUUAAACAUCUGUUGAACACUUGUCUAAAAAACGGACCUUAUAUCACCGUCAUAAUGUGUCAUUUAGGCACCUGUUCAACAGAUGUUUAAAAGUUUUUGUAGUACGAAGUUUACGUAUGACUAUCAAAAUUAAUUUUGAAAAGUUUAACUUUUACCUAGUUAACUGUGCGAUAUAAACUUAUUUUUAACCUGUCUCAGAGCAUACUGCAAACUUUUAGUCGGCCGACAGUUUGUUUGGGCUCAUAAAUCAGUAUGAAGAUGAAUGGUAGUACGCACAUUACAAAGAUCAGGUAUUUACCAAAAAGCAAGUCAACUAUCGACCGACUGUUUAGUCUCAAAGUGUGCGGGUAGGCUUAGUAAUUACAAAAUUAAUUAUGACAUGCUUUUUUAAAAAUUUAAAUGAACAAUUUGUGCUAUUUACUUUAUAGUUUUUUUUUUAUGUAGAAUGAUCAGAGAUAAUAUAAUAAGCUAGUAAAGUAAAGCGGAGCGGAGAAGAAAUUUAUACCUAAAUCCAACUUCUAACUGUUAUAAAUACUAUGCUAAAAACCGCAUCAAAAUCGGUCUAACUACACGUGAGGUAAUUAUUCACAGACAUACAUACAGGUCAAAUUGAACCUUCCUUUUUUGAUGUCGGUUAAAGUCUCCGUUCCACUUUGGUGCAAUCUUACACAUUUAAAAUAUCGCACAGAAAAACUCUAGAUGCAUGAAACAAAAACUAUAAUUCGUAAUAAUUUAGUAUAUUUAAAAAAUAAUAUUAAAAAUAUUUUUAAUAGAUUUUAUAAUCGAAGCAUUUUGUGUAUUAACAAAACUAGCUUUUAGUUUAUAGAUUUUGUUGAUUUUUUUAAAUAAUGCAUUUUGAUUUUAGAUGGCAACACUGACAAUUGUUAACUUUAUAAUCUGUACAGCAAAAAAAAAAAUAUAUAUAUUUUAGAUUUUUUGCUGGUAACUGUCAUUGAACAUCCUUGGCAGUCGUUACGGGUAGUCAGAAGCCAGUAAGUCUGACACCAGUCUUACUAAUGGGUAUUGGGUUGCCCGAGUAACUGGGUUGAGGAGGUCAGAUAGGCAGUCGCUCCUUGUGGCACACUGGUACUCAGCUGCAUCCGGUUAGACUGGAAGCCAACCCCAACAUAGUUGGGAAAAGGCUCGGGUGAUGAUGUCUAUACGCUUCAAAUUAGGUGCUUUUUAUUCAUAUCAGAAUUUAAAAAUCAAAUUAAUCUUAAAGCCAUCUAAAGUCUUUAUGCUUUUAAAUAUGUAACAUACAUUUUGAAACCACUCAAUGCUAUCCUGUUUUAAUAUUUCUCAAAUUAUUAUUUUAAUUAUUAAAUUAUAAAAAAUUGGCUUCAAUAAUAUACCUUGUCCUGACAAAUAUGAUGCUGAAAACUGAAUCAAAUCGGUUUAGCAAAACAUGAGAUAAUCGCGCACAAACAUUUAUACAUUCAGGUUGGUCACACUGAAUACCUCCUUUUCUGAAGUCGGUUAAAAUUGAUUUGUAACGUAAAUGACAGUAGUAUUUUAUUUUUACAAUUUCUAUUAUUAUUUUCUGCAGUCUGUGGUUUCAAUGUGUGUUGCCAGUUGUUUAAAUGUACUUAUAAAUUUUUUGGCAUGGCAAUAUUUGUUAGCCAUUUAUAUUUUUAUUGUAUCGUUAAAUCAUGCAUCACGGUAUGUAAUAUUAUUAAUUUGUAAUUAUUUCAAUUUUACUAUCAAAAGUUUCUAUAGCAAAUGUAUUUCGAAAAAUUAUAAUUUUAAGCAUUUAUUUCGAUUUUAUUUCGCAAAUAAAUGAUUUUUACAGAUUUCUUUUGGUUUAUUUUUUUAAUUUUGAACCUUUUGUUUUUGUAUUUAUGUACCUUUUUUUUUUCAAAUAAUAUUCAUCUAUAAUCAGUGUUAAAAUUUAAAAAGUAAUUUUUCAAUCAAAUAUUUUGUAAGUAUAAAUCCGAUAUCUUCCUGCAAAGUGCCUUAACUUGUUGAAAAGGCAUUGAUAUGCACAACAUAUUUAUCAUAAUUUUCAAAAUCAUCUUGUUCACACAAAUCCAUUCAUUUAAAAGUUUUAAAACCACAGUGCCUCGAAAUAAACAAGAUAUUUUAAUAAUAAAUAACUAUAUGAAUAGCUAUCCUUAUGUAUUUUAUUUAAGAAAAGUUAUAUAAAUGUAAGAAAUAUCUAUAUUUGAGUAAUACGUAGUGAGCAUGUUAUCAAAAAAUAUAUAUUUAGAGAAAUAUAAUGAUUUUAGAUGCUUGAA